AUGGAGCGACUUUUGAGUCGACUCAAGAGUUGACAGUGGGCGAUGGAGUGGUGACACUGGAAGAUAGCGAGUUGUUGGUAGCACAGGCAGGUGGGUGUUGGCAGCACAGAGAGAUGCGACGCUAGAAGCAGCAGAGGCGGGGAGUGCAGUAGCAGCGGAAGCUGUUGAAAGGGAAGAGGCGGCAGCAGAGGCACGUGGGUUGUUGGAAGCACAGGGGAUGAGACGCUAGCAGCAGAGGCAGGUGGCAUGUUGGCAGCAGAAGGGGAGAGCGACGAGUGGAGUGAUGUGGGGUCCGGUGUGGGAGUCCUUGGCAGCAAAGAGCAGGAGGUGGUGCGAGCAAGCAGCACACUAGUGGCAGAAAGUGUGGGAGGAGACGGCAAUCUGCGUGCUGAUGAGAGGCGUGGGGAUGAGAUGGAGCGGGAGAGUGAGAGAGAGAGCAAAAGCGACACUGAGAGUGGGGGAAAGAAAGAAGAUGACAGUGAGAGGGGAAGUGUGAGUGUGAGUGUGAGUGGGAGUGAGAGUGAGAGCAAAAGGGACAGUGAGAGUGAGGUAGAGAGCGAAGGUGACAGUGAGAGGGGGAGUGAGAGUGCGAGUGAGAGGGAGAGCAACCAGGAUGGUGAGAGUGAAGGGGGGAGUGAGAGUGAAAGUGAGAGGAGGAGUGAGAGCGGAAGAAGUAAUGAGAGCGAGAGUGUGAGGGAGAGUAGUGAGAGCAGAAGAAGUAGUGAGAGCAGAAGAAGUAGUGAGAGCAGAAGAAGUAGUGAGAGCAUGAGUGAGAAAGAGAGUGAGUGUAGAGAGCAGGAGGAGAGUAACAUGGGCAGUGAGAGUGAGGGGGAGAGUGCAAGUGAAAGCGAGAGGGCGAGUGGAAGGGACAGUGAGAGUGAGGGAUGGAGUGAGAGUGGGGGAGGAAGCGCAGACGAGCCAGUUGAGGAAUGAGAGAGUGACUCAUCCAGAAGAGAGUGAUGCAGAAGAGGCUCUAGCCGGGUUGCACAGCGAGGGUUUGAGGGUUGGGGAGGCAACCCAGGAGGCACAAAGCG